AUGGCGGAUAGUUCCGCUUUAAACGCCCAAAUAAUUCGUGGACUUAACGAUAGGGUUUAUGAGAAGCGAAAGGCUGCAGCACUAGAAGUGGAAAAACUAAUUCGGGAAUACAUCACUAAUAAAGAACCCGACAAAAUCAAGGCUAUUCUUAACAAGCUUGUUUCUGAUUUUGCAUGUUCACAACAAGCAAAUUCACGUAAUGGAGGUCUGAUAGGCUUGGCUGCCGCGUCAAUAGCGUUGGGUCCAAACGUGGCUGCGUAUUUAGACGAGAUUGUUCCACCUGUCCUUGCUUGUUUUGCUGAUCAAGAUUCACGCGUAAGAUAUUAUGCUUGUGAAAGCAUGUAUAAUAUUGCUAAGGUGUCUAAAGGUGAAAUAUUACGUUAUUUUAACGAAGUGUUUGAUGCGAUGAGUAAGCUGGCUGCUGAUUCCGAAGUUUCUGUCAAAAAUGGAACCGAACUUUUGGAUAGAUUAAUUAAGGAUAUCGUUGCUGAACAAUCUACUACAUAUGUAUCCGCUUUGGUUCUUGCAUCUAUGUCACAAGAUGAUUCAACGGAGCCUGUUUCAAUGCCACGAACUACUGCCUUCUCUUUACCUCGCUUUAUUCCACUUCUCGCCGAGCGCAUUCACGCUAAAAAUCCUUUCACACGAAACUUUUUGGUAUCGUGGAUUACUGUGCUAGAUUCAAUUCCAGAUCUUGAACUUGUGUCAUUUUUGCCUGAUUUUUUGGAUGGUCUAUUACGAUUUUUAAGCGAUCCAAAUAAGGACAUAAGAAACGCUACGUCUUCUAUACUAGCGAAUUUUUUGGCUGAAAUACGUGAAGCAUUCGAAGUUAAGGAACAUCAAAAACAGCAAGCAAUGAAGAGUUAUUUUGUUGAACAACAACGUAAAAUGGUCGUUUCAUCUGAGAAUGCUAGUGAUGCUGGUGAGAGUGUAAAAGAUGAGAGUACUAAGGGCGAUAGUGACGAUAUAACAUUGGGUCCUAAUUCGACAGAUGGGGUCAUUAGUUGGGACGCUAUCUCAAUAAGUGAAACUGAAGGAAGGGGAAAAGGUUCAUGGGUGCCAGGUCAAGGUGUUAUAAUUAAUUAUGACAGAAUUGUUCAAAUUUUUAUGGAUCAUUUAUGUUCUUCAGAGGAAGAGAUUCAAGCUACAGCAUUGAAAUGGAUAAAUGAAUUCAUACAUAUCGCCAAAGAAGUGAUAAUUUCUUUUACACCACAGCUGAUAAGUGCUAUUAUUCUCGAAACUCCAACUAAUUAUAUGCCAUCACCACAGCCGCCACCAUAUUCACUGGCUAUAUUACCAUCAGCACCUAACGGGAGUGCUUAUCCAGCCAAUUCGCUUCCUUCGAUAGAUGAGCAAGCGGAUCCCUUCGAUUAUCAAGCUACGGUUGAGUCUUUAGUACGACAAUUUUCAAAUGUACAUGAGGAAACUAGAGUUGCAAGUUUAGACUGGCUCUUAAUGCUUCAUAAAAAAUCGCCAAAGAAGAUUCUUGCAAUCGAUGAUGGUACUUUCUCUGUUUUAUUAAAGAUUCUUUCAGAUCCAUGUGAAGAAGUUGUUAAACGAGAUCUUCAGCUUCUCGCCCAGCUGUCAUCAAGUUUUGAAGAUGAAAAUUUUAAACGUUUUAUGGGGGAUUUAUUAAAAUCAUUUAGUACAGAUCGGAAACUGCUUGAAUCAAGAGGUAGCCUAAUCAUUCGUAAUCUAUGUGUAAGCCUUGAUUCAGAACGCAUAUACUGUAGCUUUGCGGAAAUUCUUGAGAAAGAGGAGGAUAUUGAAUUUGCUUCCAGCAUGGUUCAAAACCUUAAUAGCAUUCUCAUUACUUCCCCCGAGCUUUCGGAUCUACGAAAGAGACUCAAAAGUCUUGAAACAAGAGAUGGUCAAACUGCUGAUUUAGAUAUCACCGUUAACUUGCUAAUUCAGAUAGAUAAACUAGUCCAGUUACUUGAGUCGCCAGUCUUUACAUAUUUACGCUUACAACUUCUCGAGCCAGACAAAUAUCCAUAUCUUUUUAAAUGCCUUUAUGGGUUGUUAAUGCUUUUGCCACAAAGUAGUGCGUUUGCCAGUCUAAAAAAUCGACUGACUAGUGUUUCGUCGAUGGGAUUUUUACAUUUGAUUCCAAGAAGUGCGCCGCAAAUUGAUAUUAAACGGGGAACGUCAAAAUCAUACGCAAAGGAUGAUGGCAUUAAGUUUCAUGAUUUAUUAAAUCAUUUUCGGACAGUGCAAGCAAAGCACGAGAAAACCAGAAAACAAGCUCAGAACUCUGGUUCUAUUAGUCAACCUACUCGAAGUCGUCGUAUUCGUGGCGAUCGUACAUCGCUUCCAGCAAGCAGCAGUAAUUUGUCGCAAUCUGCAACAUCAAUAUCCAAUAAGAACAAUAGUGGUUCCACUGAUCAACGUGGGGGUGCAAAUGUAAAUGUUAAUACUGGAACUUCUGGGUCACUGCAGGCAGAUCAAUCCAGGAGACGGCUGAGCGCGGCCAGUUCAACUAGUGCAACAAGUGAUCAUGGAUCUGGAAGCGUCUAUUCGCGUUCUCAGAGUCCGCCUGUUAGCGUCAAGCGUGGUACACUGAUCAAAAAAUAA